CAGCCCAGCCUCGGCUCUGUGGCAAUGCCACGUCUCGGCACGGGGUCGAAAAGCCUCCAGCUGGUCCGUAGAGGGUGGAAAAGCCUUGAGUCGAAGAGCCGGGGAGCUGAAAUUGGGUUUCCAGAGACCUGCACGUGCUGCCCUUCCCUUGGACCGAGCGAUAAUUAAACUUAAUGGGGGGAGGGGAGAGUGCCUGCAGAAUGUGCUGGAGGAUGCGGUUGUGAGCUGGGGCAUUUGCUGCAGCCUGUGAGGUUGAACGAAGCUUGGAGGAAAUGUAAACAGCAAGAAACGAGGAUGUUUUCCUGCGGGCUUUAAGAAAACAGCUUGUCUGGGCCUAAAAUAGCGCUUCGGAUAUUUUUUAUAAGAACUGGCUGGAAAAAAAAAAAAGAAAAGGGAAAGAAAAGGGACUUUGAGGAUGGCAGAAGCCCUUCCUGAUGCAGGUGAGGACGCCGCUGCUGCGAUGAUGCCCCCGCGCCGAGGAGCCAAGGAGAUGACUUUUAGCCUCAGGUGCCUUAAGGACAAACUGGUCCCCAUCGGGGUCACCGUGCUCGUGGCUGCGUUGCUGAUCGCCGUCAUUGCCCUGGCGGCCAGGAAAUGUCCGUCCUGCCCCUCUCCCAUCCUUCCCAGCUGCUCGGGGAACGGCAUCGGGUUCGGGGAGAAAUGCUUUUACUUCGUGGAGGACGAGGCCGACUGGAACAGGAGCCGGAGCUUCUGCCUCUCCCGACGAGCCCAGCUGGCCACCAUCGACAGCCGGGAGGACUUGCGCUUCCUAUUGCGCUACGGGCGUGCCUUGCACUACUGGGUCGGUCUGCAACGGGAGGGAUCCGACCCCUGGAGAUGGAUCAACGGGUCUCUCUUCAACAACCUCUUUGCAGAAGUAGCAACUCCUCGAAGCAACAGCGUGGAGCUCUGGGACCGAAGGAUCCUUUGCCCACUCGUGUCUUUGCGGCGGUUGCGGAGAGACUUGGGAAUAUCCAAGAGGGCUGGAAAAAAUAUUUAUCCAGCACUCCGAAGCUUAAUCCUGAGGGCUUGGUGCCCUUGUCUGGGAGAUUCAGAGGUAGGAGGAGAAAGGGAAAGCUGGAGGAACGAAGCAGAGCUGAAGCCUCGAAGCUCUGGAGCUGCUUUUUGGCAUCCCGGCGCCGUGCCCCAUCCCGUUUGUGCCUUGCCGUGGCCCCCUCGGGCGAAGCCGUGCUUAAAUCUUGGUGGCCUCUUUCUGGCAAAUCCAAUGCAACAGCGUGCCGCACGUGUGGGAGCGGAGCUGCCCCUUCCACAUCGCCGCGCAGGCGUUCGCCCUCCUUUCCCCCAUCACCGGCAGCCUGGGGAGCACCGUGAGCACGACUUUAAUCAGCCCCACACGCUCGGAUGCUGCCUCCAGCAGCAACGUUUCAUCUCAUCAGAUGAUUUUUUUUUUUUUCCCCAAAAAAAAGCCCCUUAAGACGAGUCAGCCGUUCAGCUCGGAGCGUACCACCCCCCUUGCCUCUGGUUUCUCCAGAUAAAGCAAUUUUCCAGUUUCUGCCCCACAAAAAAUCACUCAUUUCUCCUCCCCACACACCCUCUGCUUUGCCUAAUAAAUAUUUCUCUCUCUCAAAA